GUAUAAGCUUGACUGUAGCGAGGUCAAAGAGGGUUCAUUCAGUUUAGUAGCGUGUUUGUUAUACUCUCGACUCUCAACUCAUCACCAUUGUCUCUGAACUAGAGUAUUUUAUUUAUUUAAUUGCAAACCAUAGAUGCGCAAUCUGACAAAAUAAUUAAUAAUAAUUUAUUAAAAAAAAUUCAAAGUGUUGAAUAAAAUAUAAAAUUAAAAACAUCAGCUUCGACACUACAAUUCAGAAAAAUAGUCAGUGGAACGUUGAAUGGUUAAUCAUAAAAUAAUUAUAAUGCUGAUUACUGUGCUGAAUUUUUGAGUUAGUCGGGGUCAAUCCAGUGGAGAAGGAUCAUGAGCACUUAGAAUUUAGGGUGCGAUCGAAUGAACUCGAGUAUCCUGAAAGAGGACGAAGAGGACGAAGAAGCAGCGUUAGGAGCAGACUGGAUUUACCGGUGACAAAUUUUAUGAGCAGGUGUAACUUGAGGUGAUGGACAAUGAGCAACCGCACCAGGAGCUGGUCAAGUGUGUCGUUGUGGGAGACACCGCUGUUGGAAAGACCAGGCUGAUUUGCGCCCGUGCCUGCAACAAACACGUGUCGCUAUCGCAAUUGCUGACCACCCACGUACCCACGGUCUGGGCCAUCGACCAGUAUCGAAUUUACAAGGACGUCCUUGAGCGUUCAUGGGAGGUCGUUGACAAUGUAAACGUAUCACUCAGGCUAUGGGAUACCUUUGGAGAUCAUGAAAAGGAUCGAAGAUUUGCAUAUGGAAGGUCAGACGUUGUUCUACUAUGCUUCUCCAUAACAAAUCCCGUAUCUUUACGGAACUGCAAACGAAUGUGGUAUCCAGAGAUCCGACGAUUUUGCCCUCAGACCCCGGUCCUGCUGGUUGGUUGCAAAAACGACUUGAGAUACAUGUAUCGUGAUGAAACAUAUCUCAGCUACUUUCGUGAUCGUAGUCCAUUUGUAAGAGCAACGAGGAAGAGUGACCUAGUGAUGCCGGAUCAAGCACGAGCCGUCGCCCGGGAACUAGGAGUCCACUAUUACGAGGCAAGUGUCUUUACUUACUACGGAGUGAAUGAAGUCUUCGAGAACUCGAUCCGAGCGGCUCUGAUAGCCCGUCGUCAGCAGCGAUUCUGGAUGACCAAUCUGAAACGUGUCCAGCGGCCACUUCUCCAGGCUCCUUUCUGUCCGCCCAAACCAAUACCACCAGAAGUAAAUCUCGCACCCAGCACCUACGAAGAAAACAUGAAGGCUCUCUGGAUGCGACCUGUUCAUACUGAUGUCACGCUGAUAGUCGGCAGCUGCACUUUUUCAGCUCAUAGGUGUCUUUUGGCCGCUGCGUCUCCGGCUUUUCAUAGGCUGUUUUCUAUGGAACUUGCUCAUGAACUUACUCCUAGGAGCUCCAGUGAAAGUAGUAUGGUUAGCACUUUUGGAGAAGCUACUGUUGGUGACUUUAAUGAUGAUACUGAAUGUCUCAUACGUAAUGAUCAAGUCAAACCAGCUAAAGUAUGGGAACAAUUAAAACGACGAUCGAGUUUUCAAGUUUUGCCAACAAUGGAUCAAAGGAAACCAACAGGAGCAUCUCGUGAAUUAAACCAUCCAGCUUUUCAAAACAUCCGCAUUAAUCUUACAGAAAAUUCGAACGGUGUCCAACAAUCGACAACUGUAGUUACACUUUCAAAAUUGAUAACGCCUCAAUCAAUGCAGCAAUGUCUUCAAUUUAUCUACACCGGAAGCUUGGACAAGCGUUACCACGAUCUGCAAACAGCUCCAAUCGGGUUGUUACUGGAAAUCCGACAGGCCGCUGAGUUUCUGGAGCUCCCGCAAUUGCUCAUGGUACUUGGUAGCAUUCAGGCAAGGUCCCAGUUCAUGAACAGUGAUUUAAAUAAUCAGUAUAAGCAAGUUGUAAGACAAAGAUUAGAAGAUAUUUGUUUAGAACAAGGUUUAUUUGCUGACGUUAUUUUUGAACUGGAUGAUGGAAAUAUGCCAGCGCACCGCGCAAUUUUAACUACAAGAUGUGAUAUGAUGAAGGCCAUGUUUUCGGGUGAUUAUCGUGAAAGUAGUGCUAAAGUUAUUGUUUUUCCCGGUGUUCGCGAAUAUACAUUUCAUAAAUUUCUUUGUUACUUGUAUACCGACCAAGUGCCACCGAUAUCAUCAGCACGUUGUCUAAACCUGUUAGAGUUAGCAAACAGACUGUGCUUACCACGGCUGAUAAACCUAGUUGAAAGUAGAGUAAUUGAAGAUCUAGAACGAUUGUCUCAAAACGACGGAAAUGAAGCUGUAGAAAGUUGUCUGAGAUUACUAGAACCCUGUAAACUCCACAAUGCUAACCAACUAGCCGAUUGGUGUAUGAACCAUCUAUGUGUAAAUUAUAAUAAACUCUGUAAAAUGUCACCAAGAAGUGUCCGGCUCUUGCAUCCGGAUAAUCAAGAGUAUUUGAAUGAACAUCGUUGGCCACCUGUUUGGUAUUUAAAAGACUACGAUUAUUACCAAAAAUGUCUAGCCGAACUGGACAAAGAAAACAAGCCGACGUUGAAACGUAAUCGCAACCAGUCGGGUUGCCUCUGUUUUGCGAGGUCGAGCAAGACCUCGCGAAAAGAAGAAACUAAUGGAAGAUCGGGUGUCUCAAAUGGAGACUCAAAUGCAGAACGCCCGUUAUUCGAACCAUCCACGACAGAAUCUGGUGAGGUUGUAUGACAUGAGCCCCGCGGCUCAGGCCGCUCGGUCAGAUUUAUUCUGAUACCCGUGCUCAUAAUAUUCAUCUGCACUAUUUUUACUAUUUUGAUACUGCUACAGAUUUAUACUUAACCGUGUAAUUGUAAUGUCGUAUAAUUAUUAAUUAUAAUUAAAUAUUAAAUACCGUUAGGAGAUAAUAAUAAGACACUACUUACGGGAUUAAUUUUUUUUUAAUUACUGAAUACAUUUGUGAACGUGAUUAAUCUUUACAAAAAAUUUGUUUAUUCCCGAGAAAAAACUAACUUUUAAAAAUAUUUAAGGUAAAAGCCCCAAUAGAUGA